CUCCCAGAGAGAAAGAGAGAGAUUUCGAAAUGAGAGCAUUUCUGAUGAGGGCCGGUUCGAUGCCGAUUCACCAACGGUUCGUCUCGGGUUCGUCCAAGACCUCUAUCUCCCGCCAUAAUUCGUUCGGAGAAUCCUUCUCCGGCCACGGCGACAGAUCCGCCUCCAGGAUCUCGCUCAACGUCAGGUCCUCCGAUCAGUCCCCGGCGACGCACGUCGGGAUGCGGAGGGCAUUUUCGGAGAGUGACGUCAUCAUAUCGGAGAGAAUGCCGCGGAGUAGUGCCGGAUUCAAGCCUUCGCCGGCUAGAAUUUCGGAGGAGGCGGCGGAUGUCCCGUAUGGUUGGGGAUCGUUGAUCUUGAAGGAGAGCGGUAUUCCAGUGGAGGAGAUGGGGCUCUCCGGCGGUGGAUCCGGUAGAGGCCCCGGCGACAGCGGCAGUAGUGGAAACUCGAGCAGAGGAGGCGAUUACAACGAUAGGAGCAAGAUCGGGGAGUAUUACAGGGAAAUGUUGAAAUCCAACCCGAACAGUUCACUUCUCCUGAUGAACUAUGGGAGAUUCUUGUACGAGGUGGAGAAAGACGCAGAGAGAGCGGAGGAGUACUAUGGAAGAGCGAUAAUGGAGAGGCCAGGGGAUGGAGAAGCGUUGACGAUGUAUGGGAAGUUGAUAUGGGAGACGGAGAGAGAUGAGGAAAGAGCCAAAGGGUACUUUGACCAAGCCGUCAAUGCCUCUCCCGAUGACUGUAUGGUACUGGGAUCAUAUGCACACUUCAUGUGGGAGGCAGAUGAUGACGACGAUGAUGAUGAUGAUGGAUUCCCAGCUCUAUCGCCAGCCAUGGUUUCUGCUGCGGUUUAAGACCCACCAUUACUUUAAAAGGGGCUCUCUCUCUCUCUUAACACUAGUGAAUAGAGUAUGUAUAAUCUACGUUUUUUUCCCACUAACUCUGUUAUCUUGUUUACUUUGUGGUAAUCUUCCCUCUCGUGUAGUAUGUAACCUUGACAGAGCCAUAACCUUUGUAUGUGAGUAGACUGUAUUGUACUUUGUAAGAGAGUCCAACGUGUAACAUACAGGACCCUUGUUCUGCUUUCAAUGUCCAUCCCACACUGGAUUGAGAUUCA